UAUUUUGAAUGAGGAACAUGUUACGUGCCAAUUUUGGUGCCAGUUUAUUUGAAGUGGUUUGAGCCUUUGAACUGGCGAAGUUGCUGACUAUCUAGCUGACUUCUGCAGCCAAGUGUUUGAAAAUCCAGUGUGAAAGUAUUGAGCUAACUUUAGUUAGAUUUGUGCUGCUUUGUCAUCAAUUUUGCUUGAAACGCAAAGCAAACCAUGAUGAAGGAAGCAGUUCUUUGUGCAUUAAUCAAGAUCAGCAUGCUGUUGAUUCUGCUGUUUGCAUAUGCAUCGUUUGCAGACCCAAGAUCUCAGACUGUCAAGAUCAUGUGUGGGAAUCAACUCGAGCAUAACUCCACCAGUUACGUGCCGAACUUCAUUGCCACCAUGGAGAAAAUAAGCGAGCAAAUGCGAACUUCGGGCUCCGGUGUAGCAAUUACGGGCUCAGGACUCGACACCAAUUAUGGUUUAGCACAAUGCUAUGGCGAUCUCUCCUUACUUGAUUGUGUACUGUGCUACGCUGAAGCACGUAGCGUUUUGCCUCAAUGCUUUCCUGCGAAUGGAGGGAGGAUUUUCCUGGACGGCUGCUUCAUGAGGGCUGAGAAUUACAGUUUCUUUCAGGAGUAUACCGGGAGGAAUGAUCGUGCCGUCUGUGGGAAUAAAACCCGAAAGGGCUCAGCAUUCCAGGCAUCGGCCAGACGGGCUUUGUUGCAAGCAGUUUCAGCAGCGGUGGGUAGCAACGGCUAUGCACGGGCUCAGGUUGCCGUGCCUGGGACAACCAAAGAAUUGGCUUAUGUUUUGGCCAGCUGCUGGAGGACGCUAAACGCAAGUGCUUGCAAAGCUUGUUUGGAGAAUGCAUCUAGUUCAAUAUAUAGAUGUUUGCCUUGGUCCGAAGGCCGGGGGUUGAACACCGGAUGCUUCUUGAGUUACUCUGAUACCAAUUUCCUGAAUCCUGUUCCUGGAAAUGGAAGUUCAAGAGGGACUGUAAUAGUUAUUGUAAGUGCAGGUAUCAGUGCGAUAGCUGUUUUUAUUAUUGGUGCAGUCAUUGGAUUUUAUGUGUGGAGGCAGAGAAUGAUCCAAAAGAAGAGAAAAGGUUCAGGUGAUGCAGAGAAAUUUGUCAAAAUCCUGAGAGACAGCAGCCUGAACUUCAAAUAUUCCACGCUAGAGAAAGCCACUGGCUCUUUUAACGAAGCCAACAAGCUCGGGCAAGGCGGAUUUGGCACAGUGUAUAAGGGAGUUUUGGCAGACGGAAGAGAGAUUGCUGUCAAGAGGCUGUUCUUUAACAACAAACACAGAGCAUCAGAUUUCUACAAUGAAGUCAAAAUUAUUAGCAGCCUCAAUCACAAAAAUCUAGUCAGGUUAUUAGGCUGCAGUUGUUCAGGACCUGAAAGCCUGCUCGUUUAUGAGUUCUUGGUAAACAAGAGCCUGGAUUGCUUUAUCUUCGAUUCAAGCAAAAAUAAAGAAUUGAACUGGGAGAAGAGAUUUGAGAUAAUCAUAGGAUCAGCAGAGGGGUUGAUGUACCUCCACGAGAAUCCUAACACAAAAAUCAUUCACCGUGACAUAAAAGCAAGCAAUAUCCUCUUGGACUCCAGGCUGCGUGCUAAAAUUGCUGAUUUUGGGUUGGCGAGGUCGUUUCAAGAAGAUAAAAGUCAUAUUAGCACCACCAUCGCAGGGACAUUGGGAUAUAUGGCUCCAGAAUACUUAGCACAUGGCCAGCUGACGGAAAAAGCAGAUGUUUAUAGCUUCGGUGUGCUUUUGCUGGAAAUUGUUACUGGAAGACAGAACAACGGAAGUAAAACCUCGCAGUACACAGAAAGCUUGGCAACUAUUGCAUGGAAGCAUUUCCAGGAAAGAACAAUCGAGGAUCUCAUCGAUCCAAACCUUAUGCUGCAUAACUACGAAAACAUUGACAUCAAGAGCGAGUUUCUACGAGUGGUUCAUACAGGACUCUUGUGCUGCCAAGAAAUCUCUUCUUUACGACCAUCCAUGUCAAAGGCACUGCAAAUGCUGGUAAACAAAGACGAAAUCCUCCCUGCACCGACCAACCCGCCUUUCAUGGAUGAAAAGACAAUGGAAUUCAAUGACCGGAGCGAAAACCUGUCAUCAUCGCCUGUUGAGUAUGGCAAUGCUGCUUCAAUUGCCAGCAUUUCCCAGAGUAUAUUCUACCCCAGGUGACAUUUGUAAAUGGCUAAAACUCAAUCAGGGGUAAUGUCAUAGGCUACUGAAACUUCUUCCCAAUAUAUUAGAUAGGAAACUUUGACUACUUGCCUUAAUUCAUCAGUCUUUACUUGAAAUUUAAUUUCUUUGUUGCAAUUUCAGAGUGUCGGCUGAUGUCCGAUGAUAUCGACCAAUACGUAUUUGGAUU